GUGGCCAGAGCGGCCCCGUUUGGGAGGCGGCCGGCAAAGCUGGGAAACAGCUGCCGGAGGUGACGGAGCUGCGGCCCCGCCUGGUGCGGGUGGAAGAGGGAAGCUUCCAGGCUCCAGGCUUCCUGAGCCCAAGCACCAAGCACCACCACCCCCCAGCCAGCUCGCUAUGAGCGCCGAGGUGAAGGUGACAGGGCAGAACCAGGAGCAAUUUCUGCUCUUGGCCAAGUCGGCCAAAGGGGCAGCGCUGGCUACACUCGUCCACCAGGUGCUGGAGGCCCCUGGCGUCUACGUGUUUGGGGAACUGCUGGAUAUGCCUAAUGUUAGAGAGCUGGCCGAGAGUGACUUUGCCUCCACAUUCCGGCUACUCACUGUGUUUGCCUAUGGCACCUAUUCGGACUACCUGGCCGAGGCCCGAAACCUUCCUUCACUUACGGAAGCUCAGAAGAAUAAGCUUCGGCACCUGUCGGUGGUCACGCUGGCUGCCAAAGUCAAGUGCAUCCCCUACGCAGUGCUGCUGGAAGCCCUGGACCUGCGCAACGUGAGGCAGCUGGAGGACCUGGUCAUCGAGGCCAUGUACGCUGAUGUGCUCCGCGGCUCCCUCGACCAGCGCAACCAGCGGCUGGAAGUCGACUACUGCAUCGGCCGGGACAUCCAGCGCCAGGACCUCAGCGCCAUCAUCCAGACCCUGCAGGAGUGGUGUGUGGGCUGUGAGGCAGUGCUGUCAGGCAUCGAGGAGCAGGUGAGCCGAGCCAACCAGUACAAGGAGCAGCAGCUGGGUCUCAGGCAGCAGAUCGAGAGUGAGGUCGCCAACCUUAAAAAAACCAUUAAAGUGACAACUGCAGCUGCCGCUGCCGCCACAUCUCAAGACCCCGAGCAGCACCUGACCGAGCUGCGGGAACCAGCCCCUGGCACUAACCAGCGUCAGCCCAGCAAAAAGGCCUCCAAGGGCAAGGGGCUCCGCGGGAGUGCCAAGAUUUGGUCCAAGUCGAACUGAAGAGAUUGUCGUUUCCACCAUGGGGAUAUGGGCUUCCAUGGACCUGCCUGCCCACCCCGGAAGAGUCGCA